AAUCAUAAAGGAACAAGCUUUCUUCCUCUAAACUCUUUGGUCAAUUCCUUCUUCUUUCUAUUCGAUUGUGAUAAGAUCUUUCUAGAGAUCUAAUCAGAACCUUGUGCCGCGGAUUUGGAGAAACAUCAUCAUCAUCGUCAUAGAAAUCCUGCUCUUUCUUCGAUUCUCGACUAAGCUUUGAAAUCUGCUUGUUCCUUGAAAAUGGAACUACAAGAUGCUAUGAAUGAUGAGAAUGAGAAAGCCCCUGAGGCUUCGGUGGUUCAGAAUGAUGAAGUUUCCGGGAACAAUGGGGAUGUAGUGGUUGAAGCUGAGGAAAAGGAUGGGAAUGAGGUUGUAGAACCCGUUGAUUCAGGAAAAAGUAAGGCAGAUGACGAGUUUGUUGAAAGUCUGUUGGAUACCAAUCAGGAUUUGGCUACCUUCAAAAUACCGGUAGAGGAAAAUGAUACGGAAAAUGUGACUGUUGAAGAACCUUCUCUUCCUGCCUCUGUUGAAGCAACUUCUUCUGGAAUGAAAAAGCCUCAGGGUUUACCAGCGAAAACUAAAAUUGUUAAGAAAGUAAAGAAGCUGGUAAAAAGGAAAAUUAUAAAAGGCACUGCUGCUCAGGUGGCUGGUGAGGAGAAUGUCAUCAAGGAAGGUGAACAAAGUGGAGAGCCUUCUCUUGGCGAAAGCGAAAAGGACAAAGAUUCAGAACCCUAUCUUGGAGGAAACGAUAUGGAAUUUCAGAAAGAAUUAGCAGUAGCUACUCAACCUGCAGUUGAUGUUAAAGUUGUUGGAGGGGAGCCUUCUGGUAAGGAAACACUAAAAGAGGUAAAGGGAAAAGCUAAGAGACAAAGGGAAAAAAAAUUCAAAGGUACUCUUGCUCAGGGGAUGGAUAAAGAGAGUGCAAUUGAUAAGAGAGACGUCGGAGCUUCUCCAGGAGGAAACUUGAUCGUAGCUAAGAAAGCUAUUGACGGUUCUGUAGAAGCCAAAACUGGCUUGACUGAAGACAAGAGACGCAAAAGGAAGAGACCAACAAAACAGGUUAGAGAUUCAAACAAGAAACUUAGGCAAGAUGUAGUAGCUGGUGCUGAUACAACAGAACAGGGAAUGGAAGAGAGGAAAGAGCAGCCGGUUGACCCUGAGAAAAGAGAAAUGGAUGGGCCUGGGAAAGUAAAGAUUGGUGGAUUGAUCUUCAUGUGCAAUACAAAAACUAGACCCGAUUGUUUUCGGUUCAGUGUAAUGGGUGUACAAGAGAAAAGGAAGGAUUUUGUCAAGGGUAUCAAGCCUGGGCUUAAGCUUUUUCUUUAUGAUUAUGAUCUCAAACUCCUCUAUGGAAUUUUUGAAGCAUCCUCUGCUGGUGGUAUGAAACUUGAGCGCAAUGCUUUUGGUGGAUCCUUUCCUGCUCAGGUGCGCUUUAAGGUUUUUAGUGAUUGCAUCCCAUUGGCUGAGAGCCAAUUCAAGAAAGCAAUCAUAGAGAACUACAAUAAUAAAAACAAGUUCAAAACAGAAUUGACUCAUAAGCAGGUAUUUAAGCUUAAAAAGCUUUUUCGGCCAGCUGCGAUCCCUGCACAAGUUACCCACACCCAGCAAAUCCCUGUUCCUCGUGAUACUGACAGGAAAAGAUCUGAUAGAGACCGGUAUGCCCCUGGUAGCAGUAGGGGUCACCCAACACGCAAACAUGAAAGAAGACGUGCUUCACCUCCUCCACGCAGAGAAGAACAACCGCGUGAUUUAUAUCUUAGUGAAAGGGAGUAUCGAACAUAUGGCUUGAGAGGAGGAGAAACAACCCAGCAUUACCAAAUUCCACCUCCAGAAUCCUCUUCUUCUUACCACAUUGUCAACCGAGACCGUGUUCAUUUGGAUUCUUACCGUUCAUCUAUGGACCAUGACCGGCUUUUGAGACAAGCAGAGAUUGAGAGGCAUGACCGUAGGGAAGUUCGUCACCCUCAUUUGUCUGAGAGAGACUACCAGACGUAUGAUCAUCUUACUUCUAGACGGGAAAUCUUGGUUCGAAACUCGCCUGACCCACCAGAUUCAGCGGUUACUCUGGAUUCCUACAGGAGAGAUCCGUAUUACAUUUGUGAGCGCCAUGCUCUUGAAAGACCACCAAGGACAUACAUGGUUUCUCCAGGUAGACAAGAUGAUGACCUGUAUUCCCGGUAUGUAACACCGGAUUCAUUGGCUGAGUACUACCGAUCAUCACAAAGAUACCCAAGCGUAACUGAACCUGAGCUUCCGCCUUCGUUAGUAACAUCCCGGUAUGCUUAUUCUCGGUCUUUGCCUUAUUCUCACCGCUGAAAUCAGAAUGUGUAAUUCUCCUAUUCCUUUGAAUUUAUCUGAUGUUUAAUGUAUCUUGGAUAUGGAUACUAAAGAGUUGCUGCCAAAGGGUUCGACUUAAAUUUGGUCGUUAUACCAGUGGGUUUCUUC